ACGGAACCCAUGCACAACUCACCAUGUGACUUGCGGGUUUGAAUUUUUUACCAAUUUCCAUGCACUUCUAGCGCCGCAUGAAUUAUUUAUCACGGAAUGUAAUUGUUAAUGAUGUUAAGAAGCGAAUUAAUUAUUGACAUUGUCUUGGUCCGGAUUGAAUUUCGACGAUCAGAAUGUCCGAUUCGCGUGUUUUGAAUCUUGAUCGCGGACUGCUCGAUCUUGGUCGUUACCAAUUUGAUUUUUGAACUUUUAAUUAUGUGUGGUGAAUUUGCGGACGCGGGAUUUAUUUGUGCGUACACGCGUUCGACAGUGUUGAUAUUGUGAUUUGUGUGUUGGUUUGUUGGGUAGCAAAUAAUUUACGAACAAGAUGAUUUUACGUUUGAACAUACUCAGGUUGAUAGCUGUUCUAAGUUUGGCCGAUCUUUGCCUGGCGCAGAAAGACGAUGGGCAACAUAAAAGAGUCAGAAAGGGGAAAUAUCCACUUCAAGUCCAUAGCAUGUACAGGAACGAGAUAUCAAAGAAAACACCAAAGAAGAUCGGAGAGUGGUCGAGUUGGAGCCCGUGGAGUCCGUGUUCGAGGAGCUGCGGGGGUGGCAUCACGCAACAGACUCGCCACUGCAUCACCAGGCCCGCUGACUCCAGGUUUUCCAAAAGACUGAGACGUCGACGACAAUACCAAAGUAACGAGUGCAUAGGUGUCUACAAAAGGAUUCAUCUUUGUAACAGACAGGAUUGCAUCGGCGGUCGCGACUUUCGUUACGAACAAUGCGCCGCCUUCAACAAUAGGAAAUUCAAGGGGAAUGUUUACCACUGGGAGCCGUUCCUUCAAGCACCGGACGAAUGUGCAUUGAAUUGUCGACCUAUGGGGAUGAGUUUCUACGCGACUCUGAACAAAACUGUGAUUGAUGGUACUAGUUGUGCUCGCCCCACGACAUCAAUGGGCGCACCGGCACCAAGAGGCACCAAAGGUGUUUGCAUUGACGGCUAUUGCAAGAGUGUGAACUCCUACGGCGUCGUCGGAGCCAUCGACGUCGACUUGGCCCAGCAAUGUUCCGUGUGUCAACAGACCCCCUGCAAAACUUUGAACGGCAUUUACACAAGGCCGGACCUACCGGACGGCUACUCGCGGGUGACCGAAAUACCUCAGGGUGCAUGUCGCAUAUUGAUACAACAACUGAAACACACCAGGAACUUCCUAGCUGUAAGAUAUCUGAACGGCACCUUCCUUCUUAACGGAGACUGGAAAGUGAGCAACAGCCGAAGUUUCCAAGCUGCCGGCACUAGAUUUAAUUACAUCAAACAGGAUGGCAACUCCUUGGAAACAGUCAGUUCAUCAGGACCAUUGACCACCAGUAUUGAAAUUAUGGUUGUUCACUAUCAAGCCAAUCCGGGUAUCAAGUAUAGUUAUUCAAUUCCUGACAUGGAUUUCCCGAAAAUUGCCCCGCCCCUAGUUAAGAAACCUUACGACGGGGGUUUGGAACCGAAAAGGUUGGAACCGUCAUCUUUUAACACACUGAAUCAAAAAGACGAGGCCAGACCGUUGCAUACGUCUCAUAGGAGGCCGAGAUUGAGAAGGAAGUUUGCUUGGAAGAUUACUGGCGUGUCGCCUUGUACCAAGACAUGCGGAGGCGGUAUCCAAACGCCUUUGCUAACAUGCGUAAGGGAACAUUCCCAAGUCCCAGUCAUUGACAAAAGGUGCUCCCACGUGGAAAAACCUCGUACUCCCCCCAUCCAAUGCAACAUCGACCCUUGCCCAGCAACAGCAAGAUGGAUGGGCGGUUAUUGGGGUCAAUGCAGUGUCACUUGCGGUGAAGGCGUCGAAGAGUUCAUCCACGAGUGUCGGCAGGAUGUCGGGAAUGGACGGAGCGUUUUAGUUAACGAAGCGGCUUGCCCUAAAAGACCCAACGCGGAAACGAGGGCUUGUAAUAGGGCACCAUGCGAGAACAUAAACGAUAACGAACUUCCGAAAACCGAAGGCGAUCCCACUUUCAGAAGUGGCAGGCGCGAAUGGACCGUUGGAAUCUGGUCGGCUUGUUCGGUUACUUGCGGCACUGGCCACAGGGUCCGACCCGUGACUUGUCCCAGUGGUCUGUGUCACCCCGCAGAUCGGCCUUUGCACGCCGAGUAUUGCGAUAUGGGUGAAUGUGUCGCUCCUCGGCCGAGCAUUCCAUCCAGAUCUCAUUCCUUGGAAAGAAAACACGACCAAACUAAUUGGAUGUUGUCGGAAUGGUCGCAGUGCUCGGAAAACUGCGGCACCGGCACGCAGACCCGGUUGGCCAUUUGUCCGGAUGGAAACUGCGACGAGAAAAAGAAACCAGAAUUAACCAGAGCCUGUUCCAGUGAAAAGCAAUGCAGUGGUGAAUGGUUUACAGGGCCGUGGGGAACAUGCAGUGACUCCUGUUCAGGUCCAGCCAAACAGAAGAGGGAAGUUUAUUGUAUUGUAAAGAUAAGAGGUCAGCCACACAUCACCAACGAAAUGACUUGCACCUCGCACUUGAAACCUCACUCAGAACAACACUGCGAUGGAAGAUGCCCUGCCCGUUGGUUUAGUGGUGACUGGGGACAAUGCGAAGGAAACUGCCCAACAGGUACUCAAAGGCGAAGAGUAACUUGUAUGGAAGCAAAUGGAGUUACCUCAAAUUCGUGUGUAGAAGAUGACAUACCUAUUGGAAAGAGACCUUGCGCCUGCCAAAAUCGAGAAGAUCACCGAGACAGGUACAGACCUGCUCAAGACGAACCCUCAGAUCGAUCUUGUAAAGACAAAAUCCAUAACUGCCAUUUAGCGGUGAGGGCCAGGCUUUGCCAAUACCCCUACUACACAAGCCAUUGCUGCGUGUCGUGCAAGACUGCGCAGCAAGACCUUUUGGUGUAAAUCUGUGAUUGGGAAUGAAAAUUGUAAUCGUAGUCAAAUAUAUUGAAAUUCAAGUACUGACUAAGACAGAAUGAAAUCAAUAACUAUUAAUAAUUUACUAGAAAAUUGUAUGGGCGCGUGUGAAUGUAAAAUAACGUGUGGAUGAACUUUUUUUAUUAUUUAACAGAUUCAAUAUAAUUAAACAUUUACUGUUCACUACCUUACCUUGCUGUACUCUCUUGAAAUGACCAUUAGGAUUAACGUAACGUGUUUUAAUUUACAGUAAAUAGCUGUAGAAACUUUAAUGUAUCGAAUUUAUUUCCUUCAAAUUCAUAUAAUAAAUCGAUGUUAAAAUUAGAUAAUUUAUGUAAUCAACAAUAUGCUGAUAAUAUGACUAUAAAAUCAAUGCACAUUUUUAUUAUUUUGAUCAAUAUAUAACAUGGAACUUUGUAACAUUUGGCAAAUUGGGCACUAAUGUCAUAUUAAUUUGUCAAUAAAUUCUUUCUAUUUAUAGAUGACUGUGAUUGUUUCUAUACUAAUUUUAAAUGACAAAAUAUGUGCGAGUCUACUUAUAUACGCAUAGUGUACUUCGCUUAAAAAAGCACUGCCAAAUUUAUUUAAAUUUUACCUAAAAAUUAAGUUGUGCUCCCUGUAGCGCACCCUUGCCAAAUGUAUUCUUUUGUAAUUUGUUUAAAUUAGCAGGCACUGUACAAUUGGUAAGCUAGUUAUACGAAAAUAAGUAUUACGUUAGCUUGUAUCUAUUUAUUAGAAUAAAUACAAAAUAAAUGUUUCACAUCCUAGAAUAUUGUUUU